AUGGAUAAUACAAAGGUUAUAUGUGGAUCAGUUGAACAUUUUGCUUAUGUGCGUACAAUACGCAAAAUACGUCUUAUGAACAAAGAAUAUCAAUCACAACCAUUACAUCGAGUCAUUUUAUUAAAUAAUAUCUUGGAAAAAUUAUCAAAUGAUUCAAUUCAAGAACGAGAACGCAAGGAAUUAAAUGUUUAUAAAGCAAAAAUUUUUGAAAUAAAUGUGAAAUGGAAUAAUAACAGUGGUAAUAGCAACAACAGUAAUUACUGUAAUAGUUUAAGAUCAAGAAAGUCAACUUUAGCACUUUGCGAUUUACCUUUACCGUCAUCUCGACCUUCUUAUCUAAAAAAUAAUUGUUUAACAAUCUAUGAUGAAUCUUCAGAUGAAUUUAUAGUAAAGGAUAUACCUUUAGCCCGUAGAAAGAACAGAUUAAGUAAGAUGAGCACGUCAAGUGAUUCGAGUAGUACAAAUACGCUAGUCCGUUCUUACUCCUCAUCCUCGACCAAAUCAACAGUUUCCGAUGUCGAUACAUUGAAUGAUGACGAUUGGGUCUUUGAAAGUGAACCAAUCCUAAAAGAAAUCAUGGAAAUUACCGAAACGGAGGAAAAUUGUAUUCUAAAACAUCGUAAUUGUGAAAGAAUCAAAGAAGUUAUGAAAAAAAAUCUCAAAGAUGAAAAGAGAAAAACUUUGGAAGCGGAAGGGGAAAAUGUUACUAAUACUAAUAUUAUAGAUGUGGAGAAAGCUACGGAAACGAAAAUGAAAACGAUAAAAGUGAAAAAGAUGAAAGCGGAAGAUAAGGUGCUGAUCAAUAUACUUGAAACCGGAGCUCUUAAUUAUUUUAUUUACUCUCAUCGCAAAGAUUCUGAAGAGGAAGACAAACAAAAAGUUCAAAAAGUGCAAAAAGAGAAAUAUAUAUUUAAAAUUAGAGAAGUUCCAUAA